UGUAUACACUCUCAUGCCUCUCAGUGAUGAGUAGCAAACCACUCCUGCUAUGAACACAUGCAACAGCUACAACCACACACUCCUGCUACGACCACACACUCCUGCUAUGACCACACACAACAGGGAAGAGUUGGCAGUGAUGAUGAGGGGGUUCCUGCCAUGUGUGACUCAACUCCUGGGUCUGCUCCUCCUCUUGCUGACCCCAGGGAGGGUUGAAGGGUCAUCAGGCUGUCCCUUGUCCUGCUCCUGUCAUGGUGGUCAGGUAGACUGCAGCAACCGCACCCUCACCACCUCCUCUUUACCCUCCCACUUCCCCCCCGCCAGCAUCGAGCUCCGUCUCCACGACAACCAGCUGACCACGCUCCCCAACGGCCUGCUGGACUCCCUUUCCUCCCUCCGCUCUGUCUCUCUCCAUGGCAACCCCUGGACGUGUGAUUGCGGCGUGCUCUACCUGCGUUCCUGGCUGCUCAAACAGCCUGUCGACUACGCGGGACACAGCAACGUCACCUGCAGUUCCCCUCCCGGCCUGCGGGGAAGGCUGGUGGUCUACCUGGCUGAGGAGGAGGUUUUGGAGUCCUGUCACUACUGGUACUGUGACCUGGCACUGGCCUCCCAGGUCUUUCUGUUUGUGUUUGUGGCGGUGCAGGUGGGGCUGCUGUGUGCCGUGGUCGUGUUCCUGAGGAGGUUUGAAAGGCUGUCCCGUGAGGCUCGAAGGACCACAGAGGAGAGCUUCGCUGGGGGGGUAGGGGCUUAUGAGAAUAGUGAGUAUGAGCCCCUGAAGGCCAGCAGCAUCUGAAGAGGGGAGGGAGGGGCCAGGUAGGCAAGGAGGGAAAAUAGGGAGUGGAAACAGCAAAAGGCAGAGUUGAAAGAGAACCUUAAAAGGGUCAAGCUGGUGAGUUUGAAAGGGGACUUGUUAGAUUCACUGGAGACUGGAGAUUCCAGAGAGACUCACAGGACAAGAAACAUGGGCAAAUCUAAGUGGUUAUGCAUUUAUUUUCUGAAGAUUCUUUCAAUAUGUUUCGUUGCUUGCAUCACUCAAUAAAAAGCUGUUAAAAUAAUA